AUAAAACUAUAGAAAACAAACAUCUUUAAGUGUUAUAGCCUAAAUAUAUACUGUAUAUAUGUCACUGCGAGAUAAGCUAGAUAAACACACCAUGCUGACAGUUUGCCCGUGCAUUCGCCUAAAAGCAACCCUGCUGAAAGUGUUCUGGAAGAUGGGGGACCCCAUUGACUCAAACGGGAGCGAAGCCUCUGCCAUAUGAUGUCCUGUUCCCCGGUGCACAUGCAAUUAAAACCGAAGUGCAAACUCCAUUUACCUCCCUGCUUUAUUGGAUGCGGUUUAUCGCAGUUUCCAUGGCGUGUCCCUCGCAGCUGAAUAUCAGCACUCCUCACGUUUUAGGGGAAUGUUUAACUGGGGGCUUCUUCUUUACGCUGGAGGACUCCUUUUUUUUUUCUCGACGUUUCACGUCACGUGUGUGGUCACUGUGUAGGUUUUGGUUUAUGCGUCUCUCCUCGCUUAGCGAUGUAGUGGUCGGAGAUGUGAGUCUCAACUUGGAGGAAUUCUCUCGUCGCGACCAAGUUAUGGCCCGAGCAUCUCCGAGCGAACACUCCGCGCAACUUUCUACAGACUGUGAUAUUUCUGCAGCAUCUUCUCCCGCAACACCGAGGAUGGCUCGGUCCAAAUUGUAGUCCAACAUUGGCAAAUAAAAACACCACAAUACCGUGUUGCAUCUGAUUGAAAUUGGAUCAAAGCAAUGUUGAGUCCGGGACACAAUGCACCAGGAGACAACAACUUUACACAACUUUACAGAGUGUAACCCGGUGUAACUCCAUCUGAGAUACACCAGGAUGACACCCAGAGGAUAAUAAUUCCCACCUGUCAUUCCUGUCCAUAAUCUGCAGCCAUGCUACCAAAGGAGAACAACAGCGAAGCCAAGGCGGUCAAGUUAAGCCUGUUCAGCAGGGCUGCGUCCACCGAUACAAAGAAGACUGAGAAGCAUAUCCAGUACGUGGACCCUCCAGAUGGAGGGUGGGGCUGGAUGGUGGUCAUACAUUGCUUCCUGGUCAAUGUCCUGGUGAUGGGCACUCUGAAGACCUUCGGGAUCUUCUUCGUGGCAUUCCAAGAUGAGUUUGGGGGGUCUGCUGAGGGGAUCAGCUGGAUCGGUUCCAUCAUGUCUAGUCUCCGCCUUUCUGGAGCACCCAUCGCCUCCAUUACCUGUGCUAAGUAUGGAACCAGGGCAACCACCAUUGCUGGGGCCUUGUUGGUCAGUGGAGGCUUUAUUCUCAGCAUCUUUGCAAACAGUGUGGUGUACCUCUACAUCAGUAUGGGAGUGUUCGUUGGAAUGGGUUUUGCGCUUUUAUACCAAGCCUGCUCAGUGGUGACCGCAUUGUACUUCAGGCAUAGGUUAGCCACAGCGUAUUCUAUCGGGCGCUCUGGCAUGGGCUUGACCUUUGCUUUAGCUCCAUUCACCCAAUUGCUCUUGGACAAAUAUGCUUGGCAGGGAGCCUUGCUAAUCCUGGGCGGUCUCAUGCUGAACCUGGUGGCCUCCGGGCUGCUACUGAGACCCAUCCACAUAAAACCUUCCAGUAUGUCGCCCCCCAGCUCAGCCGCCAUUCAAAAGAGCCCAACCGCCUCCCUCAAGAGCAGCUCGGAUAAGGAUCACCCAAAGAGCUGUCUGAAUGGCACCGGCUCUGCGAACCUCCACAAUGGCGUCUGCAAACCAGACUCACUCCCACUCCCGCCCCCCCCUCCUUCUCCUCCUCCUCCUCCUCCUCCUCCUCCUCCUCCUCCAUCUAGCCGGGACACAGAGGGCCCUGUAGGGCACAAUGCCCAGGGGGGGCAAGUGGGCCACAACAACACACAAAACCCUGAACUGCACAGGCUGGUGCAGAGCGGCGUGAAUGGACUGGAGUCCCAUCGCCAGGACUCCGCGAGUCCAGGGAAACCCGCGAGGCCGGGCACCCCGGCCGAGCUGAACGGCGGCAAGAAGGGGUCCGCCCCCGACGGGUCCCCGGCCCCCGUCAGCUCCCCUGACGAGGCCACCGCUACUCCCUGCUCAGCCAACAUUUUAGACUUCUCCCUCCUGAAAAGCCCCUUCUUCUGCAUCUACACUUGGUCGUUGGUGUUCAGCCAACUGGCUUACUUCAUCCCCUAUUUCCACCUGUCUGCCCGGGCCAGGACCCUGGGGAUCGACGCCAUGGACGCCUCCUUCAUCAUCUCUUUGGCAGGCAUCACGGAGACUGUGGCCCAGCUGGCGUCCGGCUGGGUGGCGGACAGGAACGGCUCCCACAAGUACCACUACCACAAGGCCUACCUCAUCCUGUGCGGCGUGGUCAACCUGCUCUCCCCGCUCGCCACCUCAUACUUCCUGCUCAUGAUCUACGCCAUCUUCUUCGCCAUAUUCUGCGGAGGCUACAUGGCGCUGCUGCUGCCAGUCCUGGUAGACCUCGUGGGAUCAGAGAAGCUCAACAACUCCAUGGGCUUCUCCAUGUUCUUCGUAGGUCUCGGCUGUCUCACCGGACCCCCUCUUGCAGGGUUCCUGUACGACUACACCCAGACGUACGACGGCUCCUUCUACCUGGCCGGGGUGUGCUACCUGCUCUCCUCCGUCUCCCUCUUCCUGGAGCCGCUGGCCCGGCGCUGGGAGAAGCAGAAGGCCGCCCGGCUUGAGAAGACGUCCCACCAGCCGGGUGGCAGCGGUGUGUCCCACAACGGGGUCGUUUAGGAGGGAAGGAACUUCUCCACGAGCCUCCUUGUGUGGCAGGAUACCACAGAGCUGCCCGGCGACCUGGUCCUUCCGGUCAGGAUCCCCGCCUGGUCGUUCAAACUUUAAAAGGCCCAGUCCAACGGAUGUCAGGUGGCGAUUUCGAACGUCUUCUCUGAGGCGUGAAACCGCAGGUUUGGGGGCGGGACUUAUAUUUUUUUAAAAAGGGGAGGGUUUGCCGCGGAGGCUAGGUUGGAGCUUCGCCUUGAGAUUCAAAUACGUCAAAAACCAAAGCUAGCUGUCAAUCACCUUUAUAGGAGUUAUAGUUGACAAUAGAGCGAUGUCAUUGGAUUAAGUACUUGUCAGGUUAACGCCACGUAACCUGACAGAUAUGUGUUUCAUAACACAGCUGCACAAAAGAAGUAAGCGAAAAUACAUUUUUGGCGUAAAUAUAUGAAAAAUACCUACAAUCAAUAUUUUUUGGUAUACAUCAUGGUAUUUAACUAUUUCAACUAAAGGCAACCCAAUUUUGACCUAAGGGAGCUAAUAUAACAUUUAGUUAGACCGCGGACCAGAAGAGGUUUUUGGCACCAGGACUAAAUGCUGGAGGGUGUGAUGGGGGCGGGCAUGUGAAGAAAGAAUGCUUUUAAAAUAUAAUAUAUAUAUAUAUAUAUAUGACAGCAAAAAUCAUACAUUGUUAUGCCAUACAGUUUAGAACCCCUUUAGGUUUGUGUGCGGGAUGUGGAUGUGCAUGUACAAGACAUGCCUAUAAUUAUGUUACCAACUUUGGAACUGUGACUUAUAUUGGCGUAGUAUUUCCAAUGCCAGCAUUUAUUAAUAUUAUGAUUACAGUAAUGAUAAUAAUAAUAAUAAUACAAAUAAUAAGGCUCUCAUGUAAGCGUAUAUAUUUAACAGUUGCUUUACGGAGGUGCCGAUCCCUAAGGGCCACACAGGGUAUGCAACCGCAAGGUACUGGCCUUCCUUGACCACAGCAUGUCCUGGUACUGAUGAGAAACAUUUGCCAAUUUAUCUUUCCUAUAUAUUUCCUUUUUUUAUUAGAACAUUUUUAUUGAAGAAAAACUCCUGUAAAUAGCGUCUCCUCUUUUAAUAAUACCUCUUAUAUACCUGUACUCACAAACAGGCACUUUGGGCCCAUUCAGAGACCUCUGCAUAAAUCUAUUCUGUAACCCCCCCCAGCCAGGGUGCUGAGCCAACAUUCGAGUCGCCGACUUGUAAAACAGGAAAAGGAGGCCUGCCUUAACUAGUCAUGGAGCAGUGUCAAGUUAUGUUCGAUAAAUGUUUUUUCAAUAUACCAUAUAUUUUCUAACCCAGCAAUCAGUCAGUGAUUUUUGCCUGGACAACCUCACCAUACACAUUGGAAGGACCCCAGUUUUUAGUAAUUUUGCAUUUAAGAUCUUUGAUUGAACACCUAUGGCCCAUUCCCUUCCAUGUCCAUGUCCUGUUGCUCUAUGCAAAAGACAAAUUACCCUAACCCCAAAAUGCACAAUCUGGUUUAUAAUUAACCAUUCACUAACCACUACUACUACCUAUAAAUCAAUUAAAAUAUUUUUUUGUCAUUAUUGUUAUAAUUGAUAUGACCAGAUAAUCUUGCUAUAAGCACUUGAGUGUGGGUGUGUGGACACAGGGGACAGUGUGACAAAUGGUCCUUGUAAUCAGUUUAACUGUGGUACAUACUUGAAUGAAGAACUUCCUGAUAAUGUAUUAUACACAUGACGAAUCAAUGCCUUUACCUAUCUCGGCUAGUAAGGCUAGAAAUAUAAUAUGUUGCUGUUACACCACAACAGUGCCUACCUGUGGAACAUUGAAGCACCAAUGUAAUAUCUCUUUAACCCUUCGCUCCUUAAUGAUUAUGUUUAUUGUCGUCAUUUAAUUAAUUGGUUAUGACCGCUGACUGUUGGCCUUGUGACGAUUCCGUCCAUCUUCCCUUUUUUUUAUUUGAACCAAAGACAUAUUCGGUAUAAUUUACAUACAAACUGAGCUCUGUAAAUCCAGUGUUCACAAGGCAGAAUAAAGUUUAUUCUUUAAACAUAGUUUUGAGAGUACCCAUAGAAAGCUUUAUGUGAAUAUAUUAAUCAACAGCGCGGCCACAUCUUUCCCGCACCAUGAGAAAUGUGUGCUGUCAUUGUGCCCUCUUGUGGCGAGUGAUGACCUCUACAUAAGGAAUGUAAUUUCAAUUAUACCCAAAUCAUUUCCCCUCCUGCACUUCCACAAUGCUCAGUAGAACUCUUUGUACGCUUUCAAAGAACGACAAAACGAUUACCAAGCCCAAACUCCAAGGCUGAUCUGAUUUACAUUCGUUACCCAUCUUCUUUGCCAUGUCUCAAGUGGUCACUGAAUGACAUUCCUUUUAUAUCGUGACAUAUUGGGACACUUUAAACUAGUUCAGUUUCUUUCGUUAAGGUUUUCUGAUGACAUGAUGUUUUAAGAAACAGUAUGGCCAGGCUGUGUAUUAAAGUGUUGCAUGUCUCAAAUACUUUUACAAAAGGUGCCGGGUUAUUCAGAUUACCUAAUUAUCUGAACUUUAAUAUUAGGCUUUUUUCUAUUGUUAAAACUACUGUUUAUUAUUAAAGGUUUGUGGCUCUCAGCCUUUGUUUCAUACAUGAGGAAAGACCAUUUGUUUAACAAAUCGCAGACAUUUUGUUGGUCUAUUGUUGAAGACUGUGCAAUCAGCUGCAAUAAAGUGGUAUUUGACUUGUC